GUCCAUUUCGUCACCCCCAAUUUGACACGCAACGACCGCGUUUCGUCAGCCUUAUUUGGACACCCCCAAUGUGACUUUCGUGCUACCACCCCUGUAGUUGUCGUCGACUAAAAUACAAGAGCCACUCGGAUCAAGCGUGGACAGGCCGUCGUUCCCGUCUUCGCUGCAAUCAUUCGACGCUGCAAUAGCUUGGCGAGCGCUACAGUGUUUUUAGCUGAUCUGUUCCAUCAACAGAAGCUUACAGCGAUAUGGAGAGUUUUGAUUGGAUAUUUUUCAUUUAUGAUGAUGAUUUGAUUCUGACAGAAGAAGAUGAUCCCGCGGAAGCGAUAUCAUAUUUUUAUCCACAGUCGAUGACAAUGGAUUACCAACGUUUAUUAAGUGGACAUUUGAUUGGUCUUUACAGAAGUGUUACAAAACUGCUGGGUAGUCCACCUGAAAUCAUAAAGUUUGGAAAAAAGAAGUUCACUAUGUUAAAGUCUGAAAAGUUUGCUAUUUUUCUAGGUGUUCCAGUGGACAAACAUUCUGACAUGGCAACUAUAAAUAUGUGCGAGUUCAUUGUUGAUGUACUUUUGUUUUUAAUUCAAUCGAUCAACUAUCUAAUAGUGAGUUAACCUUAUUUUUAUAUCAAGUUAAUCAUUAAAUUGGCUCAAACUAGCUACAUUCAGCAGCCCAAAGGUCUCAUAAUAGUUGAACCAGAAUCAGUAGGUUGUUGAUACUAUAUAUUUUCAUGAGUUGCAUCAAACUACGACAUAAUCAUAAGCUAUGGAAUUAGUUAGCCAGUUAUUCGUUUCAGAUGCAUGGAUGGUAGUGGUCGUAAAACCAACCUAUGGGGAUGAGGAGUCCAGCAAUCCUGUCACACAUUAUUAUUUCCCACAGGAUGCGAACCCACGCAGAGCAAUCAUAGGUGCCACGCACCUCCAAGCUGAUAUUCCAAUGUUGGUUGUGGAUGGUCUAAAAACAAAAAGGUUGAUAAAUCUCUAUAUCUUUGAUAUGAUUCAUUGAUGUCAAUAUUGAGUUCAGUUUCUUCUCACUUCUCAGCUUGUCCGUAUUUUCAUAAUUUCGAAAGUCAUGAAAGCAGCAUUCAUCAAACUUACU